GCCCUCUCCUCCGGGGUCUUCGAGCUGAAGAUCGACUCCUUCACCACCUCCCGCGGAGUCUGUCGCUCCCAGUCGCGGGAAUGCCAGAUAUUUUUCCGCGUGUGCCUCAAGCACUCGCAGGACGUCAUCAACCCGGAGCCGCCGUGCACGUACGGCACCGCGCUCACCGAGAUCUUCGGCGCCGACUCCAACUCCAUCUCCGAGAGCGCGCCCAUCAGGGUGCCCUUCCACUUCAAGUGGCCGGGGACUUUCUCUCUGAUCAUUGAAGCCUGGAACGCGGAGUCUUCAGGACUCGAGUCUACAGAGAACCAGAACAACCUGAUCAGCCGGCUGGCGACCCGCCGCAGGCUGACGGUCGGGGAGGACUGGUCCCAGGACGUGCACUUCGGCAACCAGAGCGAGCUGCGCUACUCCUACCACGUGGUGUGCAACGAGCACUACCACGGCGAGGCCUGCUCCGCCUACUGCCGGCCCCGCAACGACACCUUCGGCCACUACACCUGCGACGACGAUGGGAGGCGCCUGUGCCAGGAGGGCUGGACGGGCGAGUACUGCUCUGACCCCAUCUGUGCAGCGGGGUGCAACCAGGACCGCGGUUUCUGCGAGUCUCCCGGGGAGUGUGUGUGCCGGCAGGGCUGGCAGGGCGAGCGCUGCGACGAGUGCGCCCGACACCCCGGCUGCAUCCACGGGACCUGCCAGCAGCCCUGGCAGUGCAACUGCAAGGAGGGAUGGGGAGGCCUGUACUGUAACCAAGACCUGAACUACUGCACCAACCACAAGCCAUGCCAGAAUGAAGCCUCGUGCACCAACACCGGCCAGGGCAGCUACACCUGCACCUGUCGCCCCGGGUUCACCGGCAAGAACUGCGAGAUCGAGACCAACGAGUGCGACAGCAACCCCUGCAAGAACGGCGGCAGCUGCACAGACUACGUGAACGAUUAUUCCUGCACUUGCCCUCAGGGCUUCUACGGAAAGAACUGCGAGACCAGCGGCAUGACAUGCGCAGAUGGGCCGUGUUUUAACAAUGGAACCUGCGUUGAGAAUGUUGCCGGUGGGUACAGCUGCAGCUGCCCACCCGGGUUCACAGGCUCCAACUGCGAGAGGACGAACGACAGAUGCAGCAGCAACCCCUGCGCUAACGGCGCUCAGUGUCUGGACUUUGCUAAGCGCGUCAUGUGCCGCUGUCGUCCAGGCUUCACCGGCCCUCGCUGCGAGACCAACAUUGACGACUGUGCCGGCAACCCCUGCCGCAACGCCGGCACCUGCGUCGACGGCAUCAACGACUUCACCUGCACGUGCACACUCGGCUUCACCAGCAAGGACUGCUCGGUGCGCACCAGCCCCUGCGACCAGUUCCCCUGCGACAACGGCGGCACGUGUUACACCCACUUCACCGGCCCCGUGUGCCAGUGUCCACUGGGCUUCAUGGGCGCACGCUGCGAGUAUUCUGUCAUCAUGCCGACUACGAAACCUCCUGGGAAUGGCAAUGCCCCUUCUGCGCUGAUUGCCGCCGUCGCCCUCGGCCUGGUGACGCUGACUCUACUGGUGUGCGCCGCCAUCCACAUUCUGCGUCAGGUCCGCCGGGGUAGAGCGCUAUUGGCCCUUUCCACAUCGGUGAAGAACGACCUGGAGACGGUGAACAACCGCAACGCAGUGAUCGGUGGGGGUGGACCCAAUAACGGGAGCUUGCCAGGAGCACCACUGGGCAGCCUGAAAGAGAAGGAGGCCUUCCUCAUCCCCGGAGGACAUCUUAAAGUCUCCAACAAGGAUGCAGCACUGGUGGAGAAGGGCGGAGACAACAUGGCCAUGUUUAAAAACAAAAUGGCAGACUGUAACCUGGCGAAAGAGGAGCAGCACCUGGCCAAGAACAAGUUUGAUCUUAAGAAGUGUGACACGUCCAUCAUCGUCCCUCCUCUCAGUUUCGCAAAGGACAGUCUGUAUCACCCAGUGUUCAGUGUGGAGCAGUGUGUGUUUGCUACUGAGGUAUAACCUCCAGUUUCCAGACCGCCAGUGGAGGAACUUUUAUGCUGAAGGCCUGAAACCUUUUCUGUGCAGGACAGUUCACCCAGAGGAUCUAUUCUAAACACAUUAUUUUAUUUAAUAUUUAUUACUGCUGCUCAACGGAAAGAAACAAAAAAAGGACUUGUUUUUUAUUCUUUUCUGCUUUGAUAUUGACAAUGUUUGGAUGACAAUGACUCUGAAAAGAAAAAGAGCAGUGGAGGAAGAGGAGAGGAAAAAAAGAAAGACUGAAUGUCUGGCAUCAUUUGCACUAUUUAUCUUUUUUUAUACUUUAAAAUCUUAAUAUAAUAUUUCUGUCUGUAUAUCUGAAUUUUCUUUGGAUCAAACGUGAACAAGCGAACAAAAAAUAAUUGGAACUGUCCGCCAAUCGGAAAGACCGGUGCCUUAGCUAUGCUCCCUAAUCACUGUGGCAACCGUUUCCUGUACAAUUUCACAAUAAGAUGUCAAUCCUCAGAGGACCUGCUUACAGGAACGGGAGACAGAACUUUUUAUUUGAGGGUCAAACCUGAACUUUCCUACAAGUAAUUUUUGUCUGAAAGCUGAACUGGACAGUUUGUGAGUGGCUUUCGAUCCUCCCUCCGUCCAGUUUAUUUUAUUUCUUUGUUUUCUGUGGAAGUGGAUAAUUACAUUGUGGCCUGCAGCCUUACAAUCAUAUAAACUGAAGUGCCUCUUCUUAUACAAAAAACUGCAGCAGGACUUAAAUCCAGGACUCUGGACUUUCUUAUGGAAACCAGUGCAGGUUUUUAUAAACCUAUUGAACUGCACUGGAACCAGCCCUUUCUACUGGUGAUGUGUUUUUCCAUCCAUCAUUCUGUUCCAUUCUUCAACUCAAUCCCAUAUUCCAGUCUAAAUAAGGUUUCAUGUAAAUCAGGGAGAGUUUAUACCUUAAUCAACAAUUAACUGUUUCCUAUAUUUUCACCUCAUGGAUUAUAAUCUACAUUUCACAGUUUGAAGAUAUAAAACAAAAGUCAAACGCAUCACAGGCUGGAUAAAGGUUCAGCCCGGCUGGUAUCAUCUUACAAAUCAGGUUUUCUGUUUGUCUGCUUAUAAGAUUUUCUAUCAAUCAAAAAACUAAAAAAACUAAACGCUGCCUUUUCUCUCUCUUGCUGCCUUUAUCAACCACUGUUGUCACUGUAAGCGAACACCUGCUGCCCAAGACUCAACCUGAAGUCAUCAGUUUGAGUCUGAACAGUCACAGCUGCGGGUGAUUUGAUUUAAUAUUUAAAG